GAUAGUGACAGUACCUGUUAAAAAAAGAAUGUCAAUAACAUAAUUAUUAUGAUUUUUUUUCUUAGAAAAUUUUGAUAAAAUAUUUUUUAAAAGAUGACUCAAAGUGAAACAGUAUUAUAUUCGCAACUACAACCAUGGAGCAGUGUGGGAGCUACACCAUGCAUGGAACAAGUAGCUGGACCACCAAUGCCCACCAGAAUAGGACAGUACUACCAAACACCCAGGCCUCAUCCAUGGAGACCCACUCUUGGCUACGAAACUGUAGAAGUAACACCAUUACCAAAUCAACAUGCUACAAAUGCCAUGGUCGAUCCAUGUUACACUCCAUAUGGUAUGGCGACAGAACCAUUAAAAUUUCCAAAUUUAGUGACUGGAUUUGAAAGAAACCCUGCUCACGCAGCUCGUGCGGCUUUGUACACUCGGUACACUCCAUUAGAAUGGACUCAGAGCAACUUGAAACACUACAAUGAGUCGGACACUAACAGAAAUUACUCAGAGAGGCUCAGAGGAGAUUUUAUACGAGUUAUGAGGGAGACAGAUGAAAAAACUGCUCAGGGGCAGAGGGAAUCAGGCAGAAGAUUGGGCGAAAGACUGACAGAUACGACUUUUUGGCGUAACGAAGCUAGAACCGAAUUGGAACGUUUACUAACAGAAUCCAGCCUGUUGCAAGAUUCGAAAAGAGCUAUCGAUAAAGCUAUAAUCGACAUUGAGGCUCCGCUACACAUUGCGCAAGAGUGUCUGUAUAACAGAGAAAAAAGAUCAGGAGUUGAACUGGUCCACGAUAGCCCCGAACAGUGCCUGCUGAGGGAGAUCGAAACCUAUCGAAACGCUCAGGCCAAACUCAAGUGUCUGGCGGGUAAAGUUGUCGAUCAGCUGCGCAACAAUAGAGCUGCGCAGCACGAGCUUGAAACUGACGUCAGAAGCAAGGAGGGCGCAUUGGGAAUCGAUAACAUUUGUCAUCAGCUGAAUAACUUCUCUAAGGGUAUAAAUUAUUAUGGUGGUAUAGAGAAAUUUGAUCCUACUGUAAGUACCACACAAACAUGGGCAGAAAACAGCAACAGAAUAGUACAAAGGUCUCAAGCUGAAAGAGGCAGAUCAGCUCAAAUGAGAUCUGACAUCGACAAUUUAAUCAAUACAUGCGCUCAAGAAGUAUGGGAUGCAUGGAGUAACUCUAAUAAUGCUCUAGCACGUAGAGCAGCUGAAACUCUAGAAGUUAAAAGCAAACUUCAAAUGCAUCUGCAUAAGGUUCAACAAGAAUUAUUUGACCUAGAAAAGAACAUAGAGUUGCUUAAGAAAGCUAUAAUAGACAAGAGUGCCCCGGUGAAAGUAGCCCAUACAAGAUUAGAAGCUAGAACGCAUAGAAAAGAUAUUGAACUAUGCAGAGACCAAGCGCAAGAUAGAUUGGUGAAUGAAGUACGCGAUCUUCAAGAUAGUAUUGAAUAUCUGCAUAAAAAGCUUCAAGAAGCUGAAGCUCAACAUCAACAACUCUUGAAAACUAGAGUCAACUUGGAAGAGGAUCUUCACAACAAGUGUAAUUCUCUGUUUAUUGAUAGAGAAAAAUGUAUGGGCAUGAGAAGAUCAUUCCCCAUCACUGCCACCAUUAAAUAUUAAAAAAAUAUGUUUAUAUGUCAAAUUUUCUGUUAUAAUUUGUAUAAUCUCGUAACUAAAUUCAUAAAAUAUUUGUAUUCAAACAAAAUAAAUGAACAUAACAAUAGA